AUGAUUGGUAAGAGAGUGAACAAUGGCAAUACCGUAAAUGGCACCACUUCAACGCAGGGAAGAACCCGAGCAAGACGGAUCUUUAGCAGCUGGUUCGUUGCCCUUCAUCAUUUUAGCCCACAUUGUGACCAAGACACUGAUGAUUCAUCAUCUUUAGCAACCGCCUGGUUAUUUAAAGAUCUUUCCCUUGUCAAGAUCCUCUUAAACGAAUCUAACCGCGAAACUGACGACCCAACUGUUUUGUUACCCGACGAAGAAGACGGGCCCACUUCCGUCGACAAAUCCAGCCUGGCUUCCUCCAACGACGGCGGCGCAGUCGGUGGUGCAGCACCGUCGCCUACUGGUCCUUCUCUUGGCUCAGGCUCAAUCCGACAAACGGGGCAAGUGGAGCAAGUGGCGAGCCACGUGUCAACACAGUCCGCGUGGAAGACGUGUUUGCAAUUCGGCAGCUCUCUCGCCGUGUCUUGCUCCUCCAAAACGCUUAGACACACCGCACAUUCAGUAGCAGCAGCCACGUCACCACCGAUGGCUCCAACGGUGAAAGUAGGCAGAGAGGCGAUGACUGUUGGGUCGAGGCCACGUUUGGGCGUCUGA